GACCUUGACGACGAUCGGUGGACUGUUGAUAAAUCAGUAGUCUGACUGCCGAAUGAUUUUGCUAGGGCUGAACAUAUCAAAAAUUUCAAAAGAAGGCUGGAUUAUGAAGAAAUUUAACGGGGAACAAUCGAUCUCUGUCUUCAAAGCAACAUAUUGAGUGUGUUCUACUGAAUCAUUGUGACUGCAAAACCUUCACUUCAAAAUGGCGGGAUGUUACGAAAUGCGUAUUUGUGACUCAUAAUGUUCAAGUGUUUGCCAAUCAUUGGACCUUGUGGUCGACAUACAGAUCAUAUUGACAGGCGUCAUUCAAAGCUUGAACAGGUUCCAGAUGACGUCAUAAGAAAUUUUCGCACUUUAGAAGAGUGCCGCUUAGACGCAAAUCAAAUCAAGGAAUUACCAAAGAACUUUUUCCGCCUGAAGCGCAUUCGUCUCCUCACACUGAGUGAUAAUGAACUAACACGCUUACCAACUGGAAUUGGCAGCUUUUCUAAUCUUGUAGAGUUGGAUAUUAGUAGAAAUGAUAUAUCUGAGCUUCCUGCGAGUAUUCGGUUCUGUGAUUCCUUACAGAGUUUGGAUGUAAGCAAUAAUCCUUUGCAAAGCUUACCUGCUGGGUUCUGCCAGUUGCGCAAUCUUCGAGUUUUAUGCCUCAAUGAUAUUUCGAUUGCUGAGCUUCCAGAAGAAAUAGGCAGUUUACAGUUACUAGAAAAAUUAGAACUUCGUGAUAAUUGUCUCAAGUCAAUACCAGAUUCUUUCGCUGAUCUUAUUCAUUUGGAGUUUCUUGAUCUUGGAGCCAAUGAGUUUCAAGAGUUGUCUCCCGUAAUUGGUCAGCUCUCCCAAUUGAGCGAAUUAUGGAUAGAUGAUAAUGAAUUGAGAUCAUUACCUAAAGAGUUGGGAAAUCUUGGGAAUUUACAGCAGUUGGAUUUAUCAGAAAACCUUAUUUCUACUCUGCCUGAAAGCAUCUCGGGAUUAGUUUCAUUAUCGGACUUAAAUUUAUCACAAAAUAGCAUAACACAUUUACCAAAUGGCUUAGGUGAUUUAGACAAGUUGAUCAUUUUAAAACUCAAUCAAAAUCGACUGCUAACAGUAACGCCAGCUAUAGGAAACUGUUCCAGUUUACAAGAAUUAUAUUUAACUGAAAAUUUUCUUUCUAAACUCCCGUCUUCUAUUGGCAAUUUAGUCUCCAUGUUUCAUCUGAAUGUUGAUCAAAAUCAACUGACUGAGUUACCCUCUGAGAUUGGUCAAUGUACAUCACUCAAUAUUUUGUCUCUUCGAGAAAAUAAUUUGCAUAGAUUACCCGAUGAAAUUGGUAAUUGUACACGUUUACGAGUUUUGGAUGUUUCUGGGAAUAGACUUGAUCGUUUACCAUUCAGUUUAUCAAGAUGCUCAUUGACAGCUUUAUGGCUUUCACAGAAUCAAUCUCAACCAGUUAUUACGUUGCAAAGAGAUGUAGAUCCUGUUACACAAGAACAGUAUCUCACAUGUUAUUUACUACCACAGGAUCAACUAGACUCACGUGUUGAAACUGAUCCAACUAUGUCACCAUCUGAAUUAGAUAGUUUUUCUGCUUCAUUAAAUGCUAACAUGAAAACAAACCACGAUUUACUUGAUAAUAUCAGUGCUGAAAUAAAUCAUACCUAUGAGCCCGCAGAUAUGCAUAUAUCAAUUCCUCAAUCAGAUCUUUCAAAAAAUCGAAGUAUUUCACCGUUGAAAUAUGAAUCGACUAAACCGUCGACUUCAACAUCAUCAACACUGAAUGAUCAUUCAGCAAUAACAAAUGAUCCUAAUUCAUUAAACAAUCAUCAUUCAGUUAAUUCUACUACUAAUCCUACAAAAAAUUUACCAUAUUCAAAUUCAUCUAUUAAUUCACCAUCAAAUGUAAAUGGUAAUUUAGAUUCAUCCUAUACAUCACCAAAUCAUAUAAAUGAUCUUUCUACCUCAUCUGCACAUUCAUCUCUAUCUAUGCCAACAUCUGCAUCAACUCGUGUUCAUUUUUCUGGUUCAGUUAAACCUGAUGAGAUGGACAAAUCAGGUUCCAAAGGCUUUCCGAAAACACGUCAUCCUCGUUCCUGUAAAAAAGCCACGGAUAAUCAUCUUAUUAGUGGUAACGAUGAUUCCAGUCAAUGCAGAAGUGACAAUUUUCCUUCAAAUACAUUUCGUGAUGGCACCGGUUCUGCUAGUUCAUCAGAAUCUCUAAAUGAUCGAAGUGCUCCAAUCUCACCGUCCGAAUCAUUAAAUCAUGAUUGGAAUUCUCCGAAACCGAUCGAUUCUAAUUUUAACACUUCUAUUUAUCCAAAUCAUAUAAUGAAAUCGAAUGAUGGGAAUUCUGUGGUGACUAAUGAUAAUCUUAACUCGACCGAACCGACUGCCAAACCACGCAAUAAAUCUCAAAAUGUUACAGAAAUAUUUGGUAAUAAACCUACUCAACCUUCUAAUUUUCUCAAUGAACACCCAGCGUCAAAAUCUUCUACAGAAAUAAGUAGACCUAAAAUUCCUGGCGAUAUUACAAUUAGGAUGGCUUCUGUAGAAGAUAAUUCAAAUGCUCAUUCCAAUCGUGAAUCUCCGAUGAAAAAAUUCUCCGAUAAUUUGGAUGUACAAGGGAAUCUUGAUGAGGACGCCUAUAGUAGUGGAGGUGAAGAGAUUUAUGUUAUUUCUAGACGAGUUGGGUUCACAGAUGAUGUGGAAGAUAAUGAAGAGAAAUCAAAUCAAAAACUUAUUCGACGUGAUACACCACACUAUACAAAACGCGCUCGAAUUCAGUCAAAAACGGCUGAUGGAAUGGAUAGUGAAGAAGCAGUAUUAAAAAUAUUAGAAAAGUAUCGAGCAUCCGUUUCACCGAAUCCCGAUUCAAAUUCAAUUGAUUUUGACGGAGCUGUAAAACGAUUUGCCUCCCCAUUUGGUGGAUUAAGUCCUCCUGAUAUCCCAUUACAAAGUCGUGACUUGCAUUCUCCAUCAUCAUUACAUAAACAACCUGUUGUCAGUUGUCAACAAGAACAAGUUGUAGUACACAUCCAUCGACAACCUAAUGCUGGCUUAGGUCUUAGUGUGGCUGGUGGAGUUGGUUCAAUACCAUUUCGUGGUUUAGAUCAUGGUAUAUUUGUUAGUCGAUUAAAUCCUACUGGAUUAGCUGCCACUUCAGGACUUAAACUUGGCGAUAAACUAUUAGAGGUUAAUGGUGUUAGUCUUAUCAAUGUAGAACAUCAUGUCGCUGUGGCUACUUUACGUGCCAAUACAAAUGACUUCCGUAUUCUGGUCGGUCGUGAUAUUCAAAUGUCUACGAAAGCAGAUAAUUAUAAGAUUAUCCCGUCUAUGUUAUCAGGAACAAAUCUAAACAUGUCGACUCAAUCAUCACGAGUUACGGGAAGUAUUAGCACCAAAGAAAUACCUGAAUUUAUUCACUGUACAUUACAGCGUGAUAUAAAUGGUCUAGGAUUUAGUAUUGCCGGAGGUCAAGGCUCACUUCCUCCACCAUUAGAUAAUGAAGCUAUAUAUGUUAGUAAAAUAACAGAAGGUGGAGCCGCUCAUAAACAAGGCCAACUUCGAGUCGGUGAUCAAAUUAUUAGCAUAAACGGUGUUGAUAUCAGAAACGCUCGUCACGACGAAGCUAUUUCGUUGUUAACAAGUUCUAACGAUUCAGUAGACUUGGAAUUACUUCGUUAUAAUCCUGACAUAAACGAUAAUCUCGGUAGUCUUCCGAAAACAUGUAAGCAUAUUCCAAAUAUUCUUUCCUUGUCAUUAUGAGUAAAACCAUAAUGAAUAUGCGAAAAAACUAGUCACAUAUUUCCAAAGAAACUCACACUUUUUGGUAAGAGAUGAGAACUUUUUGUUCUAAUACAGUAAACUUGUAAUAGUAUUCAUUUUGUGCUGCGAAUCCUCAAUUCUAACCUCAAAUUAGAUGUAUGUAUUCUUAUUACUCUAGAUAAAUAUCGUUUACCGUAUUGGCACAGGUAUUUCAGUGAAGGUGAAAAUGUAUAUCUAAUAGAUAUUGAAAUUGGUGGUGUAUUUUGAUUCCUUUACACAAAGUUAUCUUCAGUUAGUUACUAUGACUUAAAAUUAUCCGUAGAUAUCUUUGUUGAAAUAAAUAUAUUAUUCGUCAAAUUUUUUCUUUAGUGAUGGUUUUUAGAUCAAAUAAAUUCGUUAUUUUUUUUUUUAAAAAAAAGAAGAUAGGUAGGGUUCAAAGUUUGACAUCUUUUCCCUUUCUGAUGAUUUCCUAGGUUUGGGUUUUGUUUCUUUUUGAUUUUAGCAGCAGCUAAUGGUUUUAUAACAUCAUCAAUUCUGACAGUUAAAAGAUCGAAUAAUCCACAAGAUACUACAAAGGCAACAGAUUUGACGGAUACGGACAGUCGUAUUUCUGAGAAAUAUGAUUCUCGGGUUUACUUAUAUAGCGAAAAGGGUAUUCCUGUGGAAAGAAUUACAGUUCGCAAUGAUGGUGGACCUUUAGGUUUAGCUAUCUGUGGAGGAUCCGAUAUAAGUUGUCUUCCGUUUGGUAACAAAGAACCAGGUAUUUUUAUAUCUAAGGUAAUAGUCAAUUAUUCGAAAAUGAAUCUCAUUUCAUUAUAUUCCAUGCUAUUUAUACGUAAAUUUAUUUCUGUGAAGAAAUCAUGUAAUACAAUAAAGAACGCCUUGUGAAUGACUCAUCCUGUUAUACUGGGAAAAUUGAAUGUAGCUAUGGAGAUAUUGUGCUUAGGCUGAUAAACUAGACGAUGAUAACUAACUAGAUUUUGUAAAUAUUUAUCCAACGCCAUUUGCUUUUGAUCUCCGAUCAAGUUCAUCUACUACGCAAAUCCUUGACACUUGCCAACGUUAACUGUUCAGAGAGAAAAGGCAAACUGUUUAGGAGUUUUUAUUGUUCAUAAUCGUGAUAGUACUUCACAAUUAGUAUAUUUUUUUGAGGUGGCUGAAUUGACCUCGGAUAGGUGAUAACCUUCGCUAGCAAAAUAAUCCAUUUACAAUGGCUCGUCCAUAUUUACAUCCAAAUUAUCAUGCGACCAUAUAUGUUCUGACUUUUACUCAAAAUGUGUGUAGGGAAAUGAACUUUAUGAAAUGGGAUGACAACUUUUUUUUGUUUUCACCAAUCACCAUUGCGUCAGACGAAUAUCGUGCAGUGCAUUUGUACAAGUAACAUAUUCCUUUGUUCAUUGAACGUAAACGAUCUGCUUCGGCAAGUUAUACUUUUUCUUUUAUCGAAACUUCCGUAGGUAAUGAAAUUUUGAGAAAGUCAUAGACGAACCUAUAAAUUAAACACUAUUUGGUUGUAGAAUUAAAGGUUCUUUUGACUGCAGAAAAGCUGACUCGCCAGGAAUGUAUAAGCAUCAUAUUAAAGGGAUUCAUUUACUCUCCUCAAUUCCGUAUACUUCACUUUGAUCAUUUUAGAUCUCCCUAGAUGGCGCAGCACUUAAUACUGGCUUACGUAUCGGAGAUAGAGUGCUUAAAGUUAAUGGAGUCGACUUGAGACACGCUACACAUGAUGAAGCGGUACAAGCUUUAAUCCAACCUGUUAAAGAACUACAAUUAGAUGUACGCAGAGAUCCUCCUCCACCAGGGCUAAGGCGUAUCACUGUGACCAAACGACCUGGAGAACGAUAUGGAUUACGUGUUACAGGUGGACUUAACACUAGUGAUAGUAACAUGAUAAAUAAUUUAGGAUCACAUUACUCAUCACUAGCCAAUGAUGACGGAAUAUUUGUUACAUGGGUUUCACCAGAUGGUGUCAUUGCUCGAGACGGCAGAUUGAAGCCGGGUGACAGAUUAUUGGAGAUCAAUGGACAUUGGUUAAUGGGAGUUACUCUUGAUGAAGUACUGCAUGUAAGAAUUUUUUCCAAUUUCCCUUUGUCCUAAACGAGUAAAUUCAUGUAGAUCAGUUCUCGAGAAAGAUAUUAUUAAUAACCGACCUUUUAAAAUCAUUGGCGAGUGCUAUAAUCUUAAGAAGAAUCAUCUGACCUGUUUGAUCACAUGAAUUCAUGAUUUUGGAUAUUAUGCAUAUCUACUAAGAUGAGACACUUUGAUCAAUUACUUUUUUAAGUUACUAUCUGGUAUCACUGUAACUUACCAUAUACGCACUACUGCAAAAGUAAUAAUAUUUUGGAUAAAGCAGACACACUAUAUAUAGAAUGAUAUUUCAGUGCUUUCACUAAUAUAUUUGCAUAUUUAUGAACAAAGAUAACUGCGAAACAUGUUAUUUUUCACGGUAAUCUAAAUUUUACAAAAUAAUCUGUUGGUUGUUGAAAACCUCAAAUCAGUUAAUCAAGCUACUAGAACUUCUAGUUUAUGAUAAAAGACUGGUUAUUUUCAUAUUCUUUCCCAAGUCAGUCAAAACUAGUUUAUUUACAUCUUGCUUGAUAUUGUUAUCUGUGAAUCCUUACUUACUUACAUAACUCAUAUAUACUAGACAUACUACUACUGUUACCUGUAACAAACCGUGUACGUUAAAGUCCAUACGCUUAAAUUCCGACACCCCUGUAAUCUAUGUGAAAUCUUAUCGUCAUGAGAUUCACCUGAAUAUCUGGAAAUUAGCUGUCACGGACUUGAAACAACAACAUACGGGGAACACAGUCCCCACUACAAAAAAAACAAAUUAUGCCAAAUGAGUCACCGAUUUUUGUGGUAAUUAUCAUCGUGUAUGUGUUUAUGAAGACUGUUAAUUCGUGUUGUCUAAAAUGGAAUUCCAUAUUAUUAUUGACAGAUAUUUUGGGGAUCCAAAUCAACUCUGUCAUGUGUGGUAUGCGAUGGUCCAGUCGAAUUCGCUCUCCAAAUUAAUAAAACAAACCAUUCAAGGAACACUGAACCGUCUACAUAUUCUCCUGCGAUGCCAUUUUCUAUCAUACGCUCUACAAUGCCAGAAAUCGCUGAUGCAUCUGUCGACGAUAAUCCUACCUCUAACUCACAAUUAGAUGAAGUAAACAGUACCCACAGAUUGAACUUAGUAAGUUAAAUUUCCAGUGUAUUUUUGGAAUCAAUUUCAAGUAAUCCGUGAGUAAAUCAUUAUUACAUAUUCAGUCUAGAGGUUGCUCGAUUUGAAGGUAAUUUUCACCACGAUCCGCUAUGAUCGGAAAUCAUUAUAAAGUAGGACUGAACAGCUACUCUGUUGUAGCUUGAAAAUCCACCUACGAUUAACUAAGGAUUGGUCUCAAGACCCGCUGUCUCUGCAGAAUGUGUAUAGAAAGCUUAUCUCCGUAGAUAACAUUGGUAUUUAAGAAUAAACUAACCUGAACCCUUAUUGAACGCGCUAACUCAAUAGAAUUAGGUUCAGUGGAUUCCCAAAUAAGCAUACCUGUAAUAAACUAUGAGUAUCAACGUUGUUCCAAUUUGUUAUUUGAGUACAAUGACGUCUUUUUAUAUUUCAGGAGGCUGCUGUACGUCAUUAGCAUCAAACAAACUGAUCGGUGGACUGCGCGGAAGCACUCGUGAUGAUAUUCGAAUUACUAUCGAAAUACACAUUUUCUCUCCAUUUCAUUACCUUCAAUCAGACUUUGUACUAAUCCUUUAAAUGACAGUGAUUUCCUUACGCUUGUUAUUUUGUUUCCUGUAAAGAGUUGUACAGCGCCUUAUUAAUUUUUUUUAUCCCCUGCUCACAAUGUUAGUAAUAUAAGAACAGUUGUGGAUCUCCUUGCAAUCGGUAGCACAUACCCUCGUGCGCUUAUGUACUUUUUUAUGUUUGAAUUCCAAUAAAAAUGUUCAAAGUUUGUUUAAAUACUCUUG